GGAAGGGAAGGAUGGAAAGCGCGAGAAAGAAAGAGCGAGACGGAAUGAAAGAAAGGGAAAAGGGAAGGAGAAAGGAAGGGAAGGGAAGGGAAAGAGGAAAGGAAAGGAAAAAAAUAUCUCUGCCGGGAGAUCCGAGCGCAAAGCCGGACUCCUUCCCUUCCUAAAGCCACACCGUCACCCAGCCUGCCGAUGGCCGAGAUGUCCGGGGAGGGCGGGCAGACCAGCCACCCCCGCCCCUCCGCAGCGCUCCAGCCGGUAGGCGAAUCCAAGGGAGUGAGCGGCGGGGGGGGUGGGCGCGGGAGGACGCCCCAGUCGAAGCUCCCCCCGCGCCGGCUUCCGCGCGCCCGCCACCGCCCCUUCCCCUUCCUCCCCAAGUGGUACUGCCUCCCGCGCCAGUCCUGGCUGGGCGGAGCCGGCCCGGGGGAGGCGGAGUUGGCGCUCAACAGCCGGCGCCGGUUACAGCAAGGGGAGGGGGGCAGGCUGGGAAGGCGAGCCGCGAGUCCCGCCAGCCCUCGUUGCGUCGCCGCCGGAGGAGGAGGAGGAGGAGAAGGAGGAGGAAGAAGAAGCGCUGCUGCCGCUCGCCCAGCCCCGCAGCCCGCCCGCUCGCUCCGCCGCCGGCCUAACCCUCCCAACCCCGCGCCCCGAUCCCUGCUCGCGCCCGGGGUUGAGCAGCGGCGGUCGAAACGAGGGACGGACAGCCGAGCGAUCCGGCUCGAGCGGCGGCGGGGAUGAUGAACAGCCCCGAGGAGGAUGCAGCUGCCAGCCCCGUGCCCAGUCCGGGCUUCCCCCAUUUCGACGAGCCACCCCAGAAAAGACAGAGAACUGUAGAAGACUUCAACCAAUUCUGCACCUUUGUGCUAGCCUACGCAGGCUACAUUCCCUAUCCAAAGGAGAAUGAGCCAUGGACAUACCGAGGCAACAGGAGCCCCCAGAACAGCACUGGAAGCACCCAAGACAGUGACAGUUGGGGAUCGUCCCAGUCCUGUGACUCUCAAGUGCUUUCAGAUGACGGAGGAAGCAGGAACACGGCCUACAAAGGGACAGGGGAGGGGCUGAACUGCCCUAACGUAACCGGUGGCUUUUGCAGUGGUCGGCACCAGCAAACCAAGAAGAGAAAGCAGUCAUCAAAGAAACUGGGUGUGAGCCAAGGGAUGGACAAGGGCUUGAUGCCCCUGAAGGACUAUACGCAGAGAACGCUCGAGACUUGCGAGGAAGUGAAGGAGCUGAAACCCUGUCUCCAAGAGCUGCCAUCCAGACCUCUCCUGGAGCAGACAGAGAAAGACUGUCUCCCUGGACUUUACGCUGAAGAGAAGACCAAGGAACAAGGGACGUGCAAAGAGGAGAGAACCAACUCUGCCUCUUGGGACGUGGUGGAGCAAAGUGCCGAAGAACCUGGCGGAGAAGCCCCUCAACUUAACAAUCUGCCUAAGGAGUUUACUGCAGCCUCAGACGCUAAAACAGAUGAAGAUGACGCUUGGGACCUAAUUACCUGCUUUUGCUUGAAGCCCUUUGCCGGGCGGCCCAUGAUCGAAUGCAACGAGUGCGCCACUUGGAUACACCUCUCCUGCGCCAAGAUCCGCAAGUCCAACGUGCCCGAUGUCUUCAUCUGCCAACGCUGCCGCGACGCGAAACAAGAGAUUCGCCGAUCCAACAGAGCCCGGACCGUCCCCCGCAAGCGCUUCUGCGAUUGACUGUCGCUGGGAGGGACGAAGGGCCGCCCUCAAAGCUUCAGUUGGAUUUUCCGCUGCCGAGACAAUCAAAACGCAGGAACUGCCCCCCCCCCCAGGGAGGAGAAGACCAGAGGCAGCCCUGGCAAUUUCCAAAACGUUUUUGACACCCCUGUGUGUCUUAUUCCAAAAGUUGAAAUGGGGAAAGAGGCGGCACGGAGGUGCUGUUGAGAUCUCAGGGUUAUGCUAGAGCAGCAAAUGCACAAAUGCCCUGGCAGA